AUGGCGGUCGCCAUUGUCAACUCGACGCUCUACGCAAGCUCGGGCUUGUUCUACGACUGGACGGAUGCGGUGAACGAUAGCUUGUACCAGUUCGAGAAGAACACAAUCGCUCUGUACCAAUUGGGAUGUCUGGCGGACGAUGACUGGGACGGGGACGGCGAUGGCGGAUGGGACUGCUUCUCUGCUUGCCAGAAUGCAACAAAGCUAUGGAAUUCCACGUACAGCGGAUACACAUUGCACAACUGCAUGGUCUACCCUAUCGUCGCUCAGAUGUGGAAUGACGGAAACCUGACCGCGGAAGGCAUCGACAUCGCAAAGUACUACGGCAUUCGUAACGACACCGAUACCCCCAUGUAUACUGGCUCUCCUGGUAUCCAAGACUGCUUCAAUGACUACUGCGUACGUUUCGAGAGCGAGGACGAAUGGUGCAAGUCUCCGAAUGGCACAUACGAUAUAGGCGAGAAUUGGUGGCAAUUGGACUUCCCAACGAACAUGUGCGAUGGUCUUGAUGCUCAGAUCAACGGCGAUGUCAUGGGUAUAGGGGUCGCCAUCUCGCUGCUCAUGCAAGUAGCUAUCCUUACAUUAUCGUGGCUACUGUUCCAUUGCACACGAGACUGGAUCAAGUAUCUCACAUGGCCCUGCUUUCGACGGAAAGACUCCAUAACCCCAGAACGAUUGCAGGCGGCUCUUAAGAACAGCAAGCCUUCUAAGGCUCUCGUGGAGUGGGAAGGUUUGGCCGAGUUUCAAGAUACACAGGUUUGGUUGAUGAUCGCCGUGCAGAUCGCGUGUCUUGUCGCUUUGAAGCGUCCUGAGGCGUUCGAAGCGGAAUCGUGGCAGCAGUACAGGAACAACGUUGGCGUCAUCUAUGACUUGGCCUUCGGAGGCUGCCUCCCAGUCCUGCUCACCCUCGUACUACUCCGCCAAGCGAACCAGUCCGACUGGCUUGUCCUACUCACCACUGCUUGCUCCGUAUCUCUGGCCGCAGCAGCUUGGAUGAUUACCUGGCAAUCCUCCUUCCGCGGCUUCGAGCCCGCUGCGAUCGAACACAAAGGUCCUGCAACGUGUGGCCAGCUCAAACCAACAGCCUUGUGCUUCCCCAACGACUGGUUCGCCAAGAGCUCCGUCGUCGGUUCAUACAAAGGUCUCGCCGUAUUGAUCUUCUGCUGGGUCCUCCUCCUCUACCUCAUCAUCGAGAACUUCCGCGUCUUCAAGCAGCGCCCCGGCCGAGAAAACCGUACCUGGAAGCGAAACAUCCUCGAAGUGCACAAGUCUUGGAUCGCGCACACGAGCAGAGCGCGUUCGUUCGGCUUGGAGUCCCAAUCAUCGAUUGUGCGUCGUACGUCGCAGCUUGCGUACAGCAAUCAGUUCUGGCAUGCGUUGUCCAAGUUCAUCCUCCUCGCCGCGGAGGUUGCGCUGCUGGCACUUACGCUUCGCAUGCUGAAAGACUAUUCCAACGUCUUCGACAAUGAAAACUUCGUUGUGUUGGACAAGAAGUCUUGGUCGUUAGGUCAGGUCAUUGCUGUCACCGCGUUUGUGCCGCCGGUGGUCAGGUUCAUCUGGUACUGUAUCUUUGGCAAGAAAGAAGAGGAUGGACGAGAGGACCGAUCACCUGAGUACAACCGUGCUUCGAGAUCAGACUCCGACCCGAAGAUGAACAACUCGCCAGAGAUUACGGAGUUCCCUGAGCACCCCGGGGGCGACAUCAGCUACCGGGCCUAA